AGAAGAAGAAGAAGAGAAAGGAGCAAAAGCUUCACUGCCACAGCUUUUAAAGCGCUCAUGCAACUUAGCCUACAAAAACCCCCUCACUCAUACCAUCUUAUUCUCACCCCCAUCACCUUCCUCCAAUCUCCCACUUUCACUUAAUUUUUCUAAAUUCCCGUUUUUUCGAUGGCCAAGACUAUCUCCACAUCAAAUCAUAAAGCAUUCCAUGUUUUGGGGCUGUUUAGUAUUCUGCUGUUGAUCCAGAAAAGUAGUGCAUAUGAGUUCAAGGUUGGAGGCUCCAAUGGUUGGGCAGUUCCUUCUAAUUCCAAUGCUCUCAGCUACAAUCAGUGGGCAGAAACAAGUCGAUUUCAAAUUGGAGACACUCUAUUGUUUGUGUACCACCCUGAAAACAAUGACUCGGUGCUUCAUGUAUCGGAGGAGGAUUACACUAACUGCAAUACAGCAACAUACCUCCAAAAAUAUUCUGAUGGGCACACUGUUUUCCAGCUCAACCACGCCGGGCAUUACUACUUCAUAAGUGGAGUGAAGGACAACUGCCUCAAGAACCAAAAGAUGGUGGUUGUGGUGAUGGCAGAUAGAAGCAACAAAUCUUCGAGUUCUAACCAAACAAGUGUAGCAUCUUCUCCCCCGUCUCCCGCUCCCACUGGUGACGAGUCUCCACCAUGGGGGACGGUACAAAUAGUCCCAUCUCCAGCUCCUGCCACCGAACAGACCCCUUCUCCUCCUCCUCCUCCUCCUCCUCCAAGUGGUGCCUCUUCAGUUGUUUUUUUUUAUAUCGGUUCGAUAGGAGCUCUUGUUGGUUCAUCUCUUAUUUUAGUUUUCUAAAUCCAGGAUUUGGUCAUUGUUUUAUAGCUUGUGUGUUUUUUUGUUUAUGAUUUUGCACACCUUGGUCUCAGUGUGUUGAACUGAGUCUUUUAAGGGUAUUAUAAAUUGGUGUUUGAUAUUUAUUUGAUAUUAUUGUUGAGGGAAUAAACUGAACCUAUGUGUGUAGUCUGGGUUGAUCAGUACUUUUUCACUAUGUAAUGAACAAUGUAUAUAGGCAAAUAAAUUGGUUUUUGUGCUGUGUGGAUAUAAUAA